UUGGAGGAGCCACCUUCGUGGUCAGGAAUCGAGUGGGGACGCGGCUGGGCCACCCAGAAGCACCUGAGGACUGAUCAAGAGGAGGGAGGGCCCCUGACGGCCCAUCUGCCUGAGCCCCAAACCCCAGCCCAGCAGUCCCGUAGCUGACUGGGCCUCCAGGCGUGACUUGAACCCUCACUGAGAACUGACUCAGGCUUCUGCGUUUUACAUAGUGAAGGGGAGCCCUCGCAUCUGAGCUGGACACCCCGCUGUUCACCAGGGAGCCUCCCAGCAUGGCUGUCUCGCCAGGCGACCUGAAUGUGGUGGGAAAGACCAAGAACAUGACGGUGGAUGACUGCUUCCACUCUCGGAACACGGUCCUGCAGGGGCAGCCCUUUGGGGGGAUCCCCACUGUGCUGUUCCUCAACAUCACCCUGUGGGUGGUCAUCAUUUUGAUUUACUCCUUCCUCCGGAAAGCUGCGUGGGACUACGGGCGCCUGGCUCUGCUGAUACACAAUGACAGCCUGACCUCGCUGAUCUAUGGGGAGCAGAGCGAGAAGACGUCCCCCUCGGAUAUUUCACUGGAGAUGGAGCACAAGGACAAGGGCUUCUAUUCCUGGUUCUUCAACACCAUCACCAUGAAGAAUGAAGAUCUGAUUAGCAAGUGUGGAGACGAUGCCCGCAUCUACAUCACGUUCCAGUAUCAUCUCAUCGUCUUUGUGCUCUUCCUCUGCAUCCCCUCCUUGGGCAUCAUUUUGCCCAUCAACUACACUGGAACUGUCCUGGAGCGGAAUAGUCACUUUGGUCGGACCACCAUUGUCAAUGUCUCCACAGAGAGUAAGGUCCUGUGGCUGCACAGCUGCUUCUCCUUCUUGUACUUCAUCACCAACUUCAUCUUCAUGGCUCAUCACUGCUUAGGGUUUGUACCCAAGAAGAGCUACAAGGUCACAAGGACACUGAUGAUCACCUACGUCCCUACAGACAUUGAAGACCCAGAAAUCAUCAUUAAGCAUUUUCAUGAGGCCUAUCCAGGGUGCGUAGUGACCAGAGUCCACUUCUGCUAUGACGUCAGGACCCUGAUCGAAUUGGAUGAUCAGAGGCGCCACGCGAUGCGAGGCCGGCUCUACUACACAGCCAAGGCCAAGAAGAACGGGAAGGUGAUGAUCAAGACCCACCCCUGCUCCCGCCUGUGCUUCUGCAAGUGCUGGACCUGCUUCAAAGAGGUAGAUGCGGAGCAAUAUUAUAGUGAGCUGGAGGAGCAGCUGACGGAUGAGUUCAAUGCUGAGCUCAACCGCGUUCGGCUGAAGCGUCUGGACCUGAUCUUUGUCACCUUCCAGGAUACCAGGAUGACAAAGCGCAUCCAGGAUGAUUACAAAUACAUCCAGUGUGGUGUGCCCCCCCAGCAGUCCUCGGUGACCACCAUCGUCAAAUCCUACUACUGGAGGAUCGCCCUUGCCCCACACCCCAAAGAUAUUAUUUGGAAGCACCUGUCUGUCCGCCGCUUCCAUUGGUGGGCCCGCUUUAUUGCAAUCAACACCUUCCUCUUCUUCCUCUUCUUCUUCCUCACCACGCCUGCCAUCAUCAUCAACACUAUCGACAUGUACAACGUCACCCGCCCCAUCGAGAAGAUGCAGAACCCCAUCGUGACCCAGUUCUUCCCCUCCCUGAUGCUGUGGGCCUUUACAGUGAUAUUGCCUCUGAUUGUCUACCUCUCUGCCUUCCUCGAGGCCCACUGGACCAAAUCAAGUCAGAAUCUGAUCAUAGUGCACAAGUGCUACAUCUUUCUGGUGUUCAUGGUGGUCAUUCUGCCCUCUAUGGGACUGACCAGUCUGGAUGUCUUUCUCCGCUGGCUCUUUGACAUCUACUAUCUGGACCAGGCUGCCAUCAGGUUCCAGUGUGUGUUCCUGCCAGAUAAUGGUGCCUUCUUCGUCAACUACGUGAUCACGGCAGCUUUGCUAGGCACAGGCAUGGAUCUAUUGCGCCUGGGGUCUCUCUUCCUGUACAGCACCCGCCUCUUCUUCUCCAGGUCGGAGCCAGAGAGAGUCCACAUCAGAAAGAACCAGGCCAUUGACUUCCAGUUUGGGCGAGAGUAUGCAUGGAUGUUGAACGUCUUCAGCGUGGUCGUGGCGUACAGCAUCACCUGCCCUAUCAUUGUCCCUUUCGGGCUGCUCUACCUGUGCAUGAAGCACAUCACGGACCGCUAUAACAUGUACUACUCCUACGCACCCACCAAGCUCAACGAGCAGAUCCACAUGGCCGCUGUCUACCAGGCUAUCUUCGCGCCACUCCUGAGUCUGUUCUGGAUGCUGUUCUUCUCCAUCCUACGAUUAGGUCCGCUCCACACCAUCACCUUGUUUUCCCUCUCCACUCUUAUCGUUUCCGUGAUAAUUGCCUUCCUUGGCACUCUUCUGGGGAAGCUUCGGAGGGCAUCUGACUAUGAGCCCGAGGAGGAGAUGGAGACCGUGUAUGACAUGGAGCCAAGCAGCACCUCCUCCACACCCACCUCCCUUCUGUACGUGGCCACUGUGCUACAGGAGCCAGAGAUGAACCUGACUCCAGCCUCCUCCCCGGCCCGGCACACCUACGGCACCAUGAACAGACAGCCGGAAGAGGGAGAAGAAGAGAGUGGUGUGAGGGGCUUUGCAAGGGAGCUAGAGUCAGCCCAGUUCCAGGAAGGGCUGGAACUGGAGGGCCAGAGCCAGUACCAGUGACCAGGACCCGAGGCCUCCACCUGGCGACUCCAGUUGGGAGUGGCGGCCAGGGAAGGGCCCGGCAGAGGGAAGCAGGAGGGCAGCCCGGAUCUCCCCACUACCUCCUGCAGACUUUGGGAAGGCCCCAGCGGAAACAUCUACCACCCUGGCUAUUGGCUGCAUGGAGGCCCCGACCUGCUGACCAGCUAGAACGGGAGGUGCUGGGCAGUGCACAGGGACCCCGGGAUGGGAUGGAGGAUACAGGCAAGCACCACAUCUUAGGAGAGGUAGCUGAAGCCCUCGGCACAGAGACUGAAGGCUGGGGGGCCCUUCUUGGGGUCAGGAUGGAGAAGAUGGGCUUAAGGGAGGAGCAGAAAGAAGAUCAUCGAAGACUCUCUGGGGUCUUCACCACCCUUCCACCAGCUGCCGUGCCAGGGAGCUUCUGCUGCUGCUCUUACCCCCUCCCCCCACCACCACUCCUGGCCCAUCCCUCCCCUGCAGUCUGAGGAAGCAAAGGUAUGUGUGCUGGGCCUCAUUGAUAAGACCUAGAUGACCGCCUCAUCCAGGUUUCCCUGCAUGGGGGUUGAAAAGAGAAAGUUUCUGCACCACCCGGGGCAAGGGGCAGCUAAGACCAUAGGCCUGAGAGGAGGUGACUGAAGCCCUUCCUUUUCUUCUGCCCCUCAUCAGGUGUCCCCAGGAGUAGGGUAGAGGCCCUACUCCUUUCUAUUCUUGCAAGGGUAGCUGGGACAUGGUCACUCGGGGCUCAUUAAACGGGACCUGUGUGCAUUUUGAUGACGGCAACCUCGGCUGGUUACUAUAAGGUGGGAGGGGCAGAGGCAGAAUUCAUGGGGUGAGGGUCUUCUCCCAAAACACUGAGUGACGGGAAACCAGAUAUACCUCCCCAUGCCCCAGGGCCUAAUGAGAGGGCCCCAAGGUCAAGGAUGUGGCCACUCAGAGCUGCCCCUGCCCCAUACCCACCUAAGUGCCUGAGCCCCAAUGUGACCAAGGGGGGUGACAGCUUAGGGUAGGAAGCCCAUGCUUUGAACUAAAGGUACUGGCAAUUCCCUAGCCUCCAAGUAGGACCCUUCCUCUCCUCUUGGGGGCCUCUCUACACCUUGGACUGAAGACCAUUCAAGUGGCCUCCAGCGUGGUUCUGACUCAGAUACGCUG